AUGUAUCGCCAACUUAACCAGAAACUUAAAGCGCGUCUAUCAGGAAACUGGUAUAUUAUCAAUAACAUCGAAAUUAGAAUCGAUUCCUUACGUCAGUAUGCCACGGCUACGAAAGUCACGAAAAAGGUGAAAGCGAAAGGUGAGCCGGAAAAGAAAAAAAAACCAGAGAAACCAGUGAUUCCCACGCUCGAAUUUCCUAAAAAACCGGCAGGUCCCUACACUUUAUUUUUUUCAGAAUAUGUUAAGAAAACGAAAGCAGAUAGUCCUGACCUGAAGCUCAAAGAUAUUGCUAUAUUGGGAGGAAGUAAUUGGAAAAAUAUGUCGGACGAUCAGAAAAAUGUUUAUUUUGAAAGAUAUAAAAAAGCCAAAUCUCAAUAUGAUGUGGAAUAUCAAAAAUGGAUGACAUCUUUAUCACCCGAAGUUUAUGCAUUAGAAAAUAAACGUCGUAGAAUGGAAAAGGCGGCGGGAAGGAGUAAUCAAAGGCCACUAAGGGAUCCAAAGGCACCCAAAAAGCCGAGGACUCCUUACCUACAAUUUGCAAUGGACAAUAUGGAAGAAUAUAAGGAGCUUAAAAUUACCGAACGUUCCAAAGAGAUUGCUAAAAAAUGGAAAACAUUAAGUCCGGAUGAGAAAAAGCCAUUUGAAGAACGUUACGCCAAAGAAAAGGAGCGUUACAAGCAAGAAUUGGAAGAUUACAAGAAAAUCGGCUGA